UUUUUUUUUAAAUAAAAGGAAAUUGUUCUUUUUUUUUGGGGGGGGGGGUAACAUUCUAAUAUAUUCAAAACAUUAUACUUCAGCAAUUAAGAAUGUGUAAUGUGCAAUAAUGGUAUUCGUUGAGCCAUUUUUAUGCCCUUCUAUUUUAUGUUUCGCUUCAGUUAUUUCAACCAAGUCUAUUUUUGUAAUUUCCCCAUGCUCAGUGCAUUGUCGGUCCCACGUCCGAAUUGUUGAUGCAUUCCACUGACUCAGAGAGUCCAAUGAAUGUCUCGUCAUCUUCAUUGGAUGAGUUCGGAUGUUCAGAAUAUCAAAUGACAAUGGUAUGCGAGAAUUUAUUAACUUCAGAUCUAUCAGUAUUUAUUAUGUUUUAACGACUAAAAGUGAAUGUCAUUCAGAACAGACGUCAACCUUGGUUACAUAAAUAUAUCCAUGGAAAAAUUAUUAUGCUCCGAACGGAAAUUAAUUGCAGUAUACACAAGCUGAUUUCAUAUUCUAAUUGAACUUGGAUUAGAAAGAAUUUUGCGGCGUCUUCGAUUAUCAAACAAAUAUUGUUUGAAGGAAAUAUAGCGGAAUAAAUAUUUGUUGGGAAUGAAAAAUAGGAGAAAUGAAAGAAGAAAACGAAAAGUAGGAGAAAAAUAACAGUUUUGUGGUGAGGCAAAAAAAAUUAUGGAAAGUCAAUUGUGUAAAAAUGAAGUUAAAUGUGAAACGUGGUCUGAAAGUAUUGAUUUUCCUAAUGAUAAAAAGAAAGAAAAAACAUUAUAUUACUGUGAUAUCUGUAACAAGUCAUUCACUCACAAAUGUAGCUUAAAUACUCAUAAACGUAUUCAUACAGGAGUUAAAUCAUAUCAUUGUGAUAUCUGUGGUAAAUCAUUCCUUAACAAAGGUCAGCUUACUACUCACAAACGUAUUCAUACAGGAGAGAAACCAUUUCCCUGUGAUAUCUGUGGUAAAUCAUUCUCUCAUAGUGGUCACUUAACUAGUCACAAACGAACUCAUACAGGUGAGAGGCCAUAUCAGUGCAAUAUCUGUGGUAAAUCUUUUUCUGAUGGUAGUUAUUUAACCAUACACAAACGAAUUCAUACAGGAGAGAAACGAUAUCAAUGUGAUAUCUGUAGUAGAUCCUUCUUUGGAAGUAGUGAAUUAACCAAUCACAAACGUGUUCACACAGGUGAGAAACCACAUCGCUGUGAUAUCUGUGGUAAAUCAUUCUCUGAAAGUGGUGACUUAACUAAACACAAACGUAUUCAUACAGGUGAGAAACCAUAUCAAUGUGAUAUUUGUGGUAAAUCAUUUUCUGCAAGUUGCACAUUAACUAAUCACAAAAUUGUUCACACUGGAGAGAAAUCGUAUCACUGUGAUGUUUGUGGUAAAUCUUUCUCUUUAAGUGGUAAUUUAACUAAUCAUAUCCGUAUUCAUACAGGAGAGAAACCACAUCAUUGUGAUAUCUGUGGUAAGUCAUUCUCUCGAAGUGCUACCUUAAAUACUCACAAAAAUAUCCAUACAGGAGAGAAACCACACCAGUGCGAAAUUUGUGGUAAAUCCUUCUCUCAAAAAUGUAACCUAAGCACUCACAGAAAUAUUCAUACAGGAGAGAAACCAUAAUUCUAUGACAUCUAUGGUAAAUCUUUCUCUGAUACAAGUUACUUAACUAGACUCAAAUGUAUUCAUACAGAAGAGAGAUCAUAGCGCUAUGAACUCUGAAGUAAAUCAAUCUCUCAAAAGGGUAUAAAAUAUUUAAAUAGAUUUUGUGUUUUGAAAAAAUAAAAUCUCAGUACAUAGGAAAUUUUAA